AUGAUGGGCAUCAUGCCCCCCGAGUGUACAAAGAUGCUGGAGGUUCUGAAAGGCUAUGCCAAAGAGAACCGGCCGCAGACCCACCUGCCGGAGCAGGAAGAGUGCCGCCGGCAACAGCUUGCCAGGAACUGGCAUUGCUGGACGCCGGCUCUCUGGGCCGCCUUGAUCCCUCGGCGGCUGCUUGGGAUGCUGGCCGUGUCCUCCUUCUUCGUCUUCAAGUACUACGUAGAGCACUGUGUUCACCUCGAUGAUGGGAGUUGGGUCUCCAAGCCCCUCAGAUUGCCGAAAGAAAGCAGUCUCUCCAUUCUCAGCUUCGUUUUCGGGCCUUUGCCCAUGCUCUUCCCGAUUGACGCCGAAGACCAGCCGAUCUGGGAGAUGCCUGUGGCUUUGCUCGCACUGGGCCAGUUCGAAGCGCAAGGGGGACCCGGGAGAUGCCUCCUCUGUCCACCGCGAGGACCUACAAAAUGGAUGAUCGCUACAGAUCGUGACCAUGGUCCGUGCAUGGGGCGGCCCAUGGGCCCCCCAUGGGCCCAUGAUGGCCCGUGGCAAUGUACAAAGACCCCCCUUAUCAGGAUAACGACCUUCGGCGAGGUCUCGCGACCUCGUGAGGCCGAGGCGGGCUCUGGGCACCAGAUGUCGAAGUGA